AUGCACGUCACCAAGAACUUCCUCUUCGCCGUCGUCAGCGCCGGCCUGGCUUCCGUUAGCGGUGCCGCCCCCGCCCCCGCCCCCGCCGCCGACGCCGGCCCGACCGCCAACGCCGUCCGCUCUCCGGGCCUGCACGAGGUGGUGCCGGUCGGCACGCCGUACGAGAUCAAAUGGGACCUUACGCCGUACAAGGACGGCACCGUCAGCCUCACCCUGCUGAAGGGCCCGGCCAGCAACGCCGCACCGUACAUGGACAUCGUCAGCAACACGACCAACGACGGCUCUUACACGUGGACCCCGCCCAACACGAUUCCCGACAGCAACGGCGACACGGGGUACGGCAUCAUGCUGGUCGUCGAUGCCAACGGCGCGUACCAGUACACCACCCAAUUCGGCAUUUCCAACUGA